ACGAGCCACAAAGUUCCCCCAGCAACAAUCCGAGCAUCCCACCCCGCGCUCGCGCCCGGGCCGGGGCUCCGCGCGCCCCCCGCCGCUCCGCCGCCGCCGCACCUGGGAGCGCCCGGCCUCGCGCCGGCCUCUCACCUGGCCGCUCGGGCGGGAGCCGUCCCGCCGCCUCCUCUCCGCAGCCGGGACCUUCGGCCGAGCCAUGUCCAUGCUGCCGUCCUUCGGCUUCACGCAGGAGCAAGUGGCCUGCGUGUGCGAGGUGCUGCAGCAAGGGGGGAACCUGGAGCGGCUGGGCCGGUUCCUCUGGUCCCUGCCGGCCUGCGACCACCUGCACAAGAACGAGAGCGUCCUCAAAGCCAAGGCGGUGGUGGCCUUUCACCGGGGCAACUUCCGCGAGCUCUACAAGAUCCUGGAGAGCCACCAGUUCUCGCCCCACAACCACCCCAAGCUGCAGCAGCUCUGGCUCAAGGCGCACUACGUGGAAGCCGAGAAGCUGCGGGGCAGACCCCUGGGCGCCGUGGGCAAGUACCGGGUGCGCCGAAAAUUCCCCCUGCCCCGGACCAUCUGGGACGGCGAGGAGACCAGCUACUGCUUCAAGGAGAAGUCCCGGGGCGUGCUGCGGGAGUGGUACGCGCACAACCCCUACCCGUCGCCCCGGGAGAAAAGGGAGCUGGCCGAGGCCACCGGCCUCACCACCACCCAGGUCAGCAACUGGUUUAAAAACCGGAGGCAGCGGGACAGAGCAGCAGAGGCGAAGGAAAGGGAGAACACUGAAAACAACAACACGUCCACCAACAAAAGCAACCAGCUCUCCCCCCUGGAUGGGGGCAAACCGCUUAUGUCCAGCUCCGAAGAAGAAUUCUCCCCCCCCCAAAGUCCAGAUCAGAACUCAGUCCUUCUAUUACAGGGAAACCUCAGCCAUGCCAGGAGCUCCAACUAUUCCCUGAGCGGCUUAACUGCCUCUCAGACCAGCCACAGCCUUCAGGACUCCCUGCUAGGACCCCUCACCUCGAGCUUGGUAGACCUCGGCUCCUAAAACAGGAGCAAGCUGCCGUUACAGCAAUGGAAACGGAGGUUUACCUCGGCGAUAAGACACUCGAUUGUAAAUAGAGGACCGGACACGAUUUUACAGCUUAUCUGGUGAUUCUUAACACGACUUUCAACUCUCUUUUAAAACGCUCCCAAGGAGUCCCCUCUCCUCUCCUAUCUAACACGCUUACAGCUUUCCCAUUAUUCUUCUCCAAGCAGCCAAAGGCAGAACACGGCGGUUCCCUGUGAUUUUCUCUCACGAUGUCCCUUCGAAUUCAAUUACAUGUUACCAGCAGGAAUGACAAAAUAACUGGAUUUGAGUCAAUUCGAAACAAAGUGCGGAAGAUACAGUCUGUCGCCUACAGACGGGGGGAAAAAAGAGAUCGAUGAAAAAAGUCUUUCUAUAGUUGGGGAAAUUUAUUCUCAUUUGAAUUCUUAAGAACUAAGAGGGCGGAUAAUCUACAAGGCCUUUUAUUUGGGAGGGAGGUGGGAGGGGAAGUUAAGUUUACAUUGUUCACAUUUCGUGUUAACAAAAGAUUUCGGUGUAGAUUAAAUUUUAAAAGAUGCAGUAUUAGAAUAAAAACCAGUGCCUAUGUCUUAAAGCAGAUAUACGAGGCAAUUAGCUAGAGGAACUUCAAUGACCAUUAAUAGAGCAAACAUUCUUGUCUUUUUUUUUUUUUUUUUGUGGUGAACUUUCGAAAUGCAUCAAUGUGACUUAAACUAAAAAUAAAAAAAAUAAUAAUAACUACGGCUUCCUCGGAACAAUAUUUCUUAUUAUACCCUGACAACUUUCAUGUCAAUAUGGCAUACUCUUGUUAGCUUGCCCCUUGCCCUCACGCCAUAGUUUGUCUUGCAAAAGGAUGCAGAGCUGGAAGCUGGAGUAUUUGUUACCAAAAUUAGCAUGUGCUUUCAGGUUUUUCUUUUCUAUUGUACCUAAACAAGCCUA